GGCCAUGUUUAAAGGUAACAGGCAGGCGCAUCGGCAGAUAGCAGGUCACCGCGAUGGCUCCGGAAAGUCAGCGUCGUCAGCAAAAACAUUCAAGAUACGUAAGGAGAGCGAUGUAUACAUGGCAGACGUGGACGAGCGUCUUUUCUUCCGUGUUAGAAAUGUCAUCCGUGCUUUACUGCUGAUUGAUCGUCGCCGCGUUGUGCUUGAUCGUGACUGAACUCGUGCGUGCGGAGGGACCAACCCAAAAAUCGAUAUGUCCACCGCGUUCUCGGACGAAGGAUCUUUGCCGGACAGCAGCGAUCAAGAUGAUCGGGAACCACUCGAUCAACGUGUCCAGUUUGAACUGGAACGCCUGAACACGGCUACCGAGCUUAUAAACAAGCUGGAAAUCGAACUUGAUGAAGCAAGAUCCAAUUUUCGCCUGCUUCUCUCGGAGUCGUCACAAAAAAUUAACCAACUUGCCAAAAAGCUGGGAAGCCAUGUGGAAAAAGCGCGGCCUUAUUACGAGGCUAGAAUGAAAGCGAAAGAGCUUGAAGACGCAGCACGCAAGGCUUCUCUGCGGCACGAACGGGCGACGUUGGCCCAUUGCACUGCUCGUCAGAUGGUUGCACUGGCGGAGGAAGGCCUACGGCGCCAGGGGACCCAAGGUUCUCUGGACCCGAUGUUUCAGGAAAUGCUCAACCAGGCUACUGUCCGGGUGAACGAGGCCGAACGUGAGCGGGUGCUGAGUGGGGCUGAGCAGGGUCGACUAUGGCACGCCUGUAAAGGCCAGCAACAAACAGUGCUUGAUCUACACCAUGCUAUUAAAAAGUCUAUCGUCAAGGCCAGUCUGUCAGCACGCAGAAGUUUGCUGCAACUUAACAAUUUAGCAAACCAGCAUGAACUUCAGUUGCUGCCAUACUUUGAGAUGAAGGCUCAGCUAAAUGAAGCUCUUGAGGAGCAAAAGAAGCGCGUCUUCCACAUGGAAGAGGACGUCAUGAGGGUCAAGUUCUCGUACACUGAGGCCCUGCACAACUUGGAGCAAAUCAGUGACCAGAUGCAUCAAAACCGGCUUCUGAUGCCAAACAGCAGCAGCAGUGGCAGCAGUCUGCUCAGCAGCGAUGACUGCUGUGGCCGUGGUAGCAGAGACGACAGCUUUGCUCAUGCGCUGGGUGAUGGGUUCCCGCAGCGGCUAGUGAAAUCGUCUAGCCUAUCUAGUUCGGAGAUGUUAAAAAUAUAUGAGGAUAUCUGCUGUGAAGAGACGUAUAAGAGAUUGCCGGAGCCUAGAAGAAUUCAAAGGCAUCCAGCGGCCAUUCGAAGAGCGCUUUCUGAGGAAGGCCGUCAAGCUCACGUGAGGUACCCAUCGUCGCCGCCACCAACUAGUCAGCACAGAGGACUUGUUUCAUCGCUUGUCGACCGAGUCUUCACGGGCAAGACUCCUCAAUCGCAAGUCGCAGAAGAGAAGUGUGCAAAGGUUCCGCAGUAUGCCGUGCCGACGUUAAAGCAGCUGGUUGCCGCGGUGAUAGACCGGAUGUUCCCAGACACCACACAGUGCAACGGCAAUGAAGAGAUUGUGCUCGAUCUAACUACAGCAGCUUCAAACAACAAUGGUGCCCCUGGGGUUCCUCUCGCCACGCUUGAAGAUCUUUCACCAGUCGUUGCACUGGACAUUGAGGCGUCAUUGGCGAAAGCAGCACGAAGACUCACUCUGGACGGCACUUCCCAGCGGCUUCAAACAGUCGAGGAAGGCUCCGACACGGACAGCCUCCUAAGCACAGGCACCGGCGGUACUCUCGACGACCGGCAGAUCGACUGCCUUUUGCUAGACCGUGUGCUCGAACAAGACUACCAAGAGGUGCUGAACUCAUGCAGGGACUCAUCGAACUUGUAGGGAUGCCUGUUUAAGGACAGGCCAAUGAAUGUUACUGUUUAUGUAUGUUAAAGUGGGAGGUUGGCAGUGGCGUUGUAUGCAGUGAACAGUGCGCGAAAUUGAUGCGAUGUGGGGACGCUGCUGAGUCUGUGUGGCCACCCCUUGUACAGCGUACCGGUGAAAGUCCUUGUAACUACGGUCAGACACAUUAUUUCAGUACAACCUGUUGGCCUUUCUCUUUGUGUCGAACCUUGCAUUCCGAGUGCACUGAAUUGUUCAGGAAUUGCAGGGCUACGUUGUACUGCAUUACCUAGCGAAAAAUAGCACCACUGCAGUGAUGUUGCAUGCAGGAACUUUUCAAAAACCACUGGCUCCAGAUCGACUUUUCUCAGACAGCGUAAACAGACUGAAUGCUUAGCAAGCUGAAUGUUGUUCUCAUAGUGACUGUUGUUCUGCCUUUGCAAUGAUUUAGCCUGUAUCAAAAGAACCUGCAAGGUGCUAUAUCUGAUACAUUAGUAUAAUUAAAUUACUAUAAUGCAGCUAUGUUUGUUCUAGUCCACAUAAUUGCACACAAUGUGAACAUUUUCACUUUCAUUUUUUAUUAACCUUUUCAAGUGAAAUUGCACCAUGCCAGCAUUGCUUUCUCUUUUAUAUUCCCAUUUUCUUUGUUUUUUUGUGAUGGUACAUUAAAGUAAACGCCAGUGCGUAGUUCAUUAGAAAGAAUGGGCGCUUUUUGUGGAGACUUGGGUAUGUCAUUGGUCUAAAAAAAAAAGCCUUGCUCGCAUUUUAAGUCGGACUACUUCCAAAACAAGCCAAACAUUCCAUAUGUCCGGGCACUCCUUUUGUGUUUGCUAAAACACUACCAUCACCAGUGACACCAUGUUUUCUUUCAGGUAUUAUUUCUACGUGCAUGAAUACAUGAAAUAUGUUGUCGUGAGGAAAAAUUUGUACCAUGCGCUUUCUUCUAGCAGAGGUCAACAUGGUGUCCUUAGUUUGCUGGAUUUCUGUGAUGUAACCAGGCAAGUAACGGGUUGUUGGUGUGCCUAGAGUGGUUUUUCGAAGGAGUACUGACACAAAAGUUUUGCAUGUUACUUUUUCUGCUGCAAUAAGUUGCUAAUUAUACCUGCUUCUCAAAACUAAAACCCUAGCUUGUCCGAACAUGAAAUUCCGACGGUUGAACAAAUGCACAGUCGAAGUUUCAGUUUCAGAGAGCUCUAGAAAAGGUGGGACUCUGUGUGUGUGCCUGCAUGUGUAAGCAUGUGCUCGUGCAUGACAGCUGUGGCACAAAACACGUGUAAGGUGCAUGGCUGACUGCUUACGUUAAAACCAAGUUAAUGUCACUAUUGCAAGGCUCUUUUGCUUUGCAUUCAGUCGUGUAGCAUAGGCUUUGAAAUUGAUUCUAAACAUGUUCUUGGCUUUAUUGGCCAAUGAUCUAUUUUAGACAGUGUAUGUGAGUCUACAUGAAUCUGUAUCUCCAGGUUAUCUUACCUUCAAACUUUUGUGUCAGUACUCCUUUAUUAACGAAAGUGAUGCAUAUGAGCAUUUGUGGCCACUGUAAUGUCUGCAGGCUUUAUAGUGCUCAUCUCAAAUUCACAACUUCUCGCUGGCAAUUAGGGCUGGUCGUUGUUAGCUCACACCGUGACAGCUGUGUAGUUGGUCUUAUUGGACAUUUUUAGUUGCUACAAUCACUUAGGUGACAUCACUAAGCGUUUGCUGCUCUUGCUGAGGUGUGACAGCCUCUGUGCUUGAGUCGCUUGAGAUUUCACUGGCCAGUGCCUACCAAGUUUAUCUUUGCUAUUGAAGUGAACAGUGGUAAUGCCCUUAUCAGUAAUGAGUGCAUUUGUUAGUGUGUGUGCAGAUUUAUCAAGAGCGGUUAUGAAGAAAGUAGCUCUCACCAUACUGACCGAAGUAACCAUGGACAACUCAGAAAUAUCCUACUCAGAUAUCAUUGACCCAUCACAGGGUUACAUGUGUGCUGGAUGUCCAACUGAUAUUUUCAUAGAUUGUUUGCCCUUGUAGGAAUAGUAGACGUAUAAAAACGUAGACAUAACAAUGGCUAUCCAAGCACAUUGCAAAUGAAAGUAUAAACUCCUCUACAGAUAUAACAUACUAAUACUUAUAUGCUUGCAUGCAACCCCUUAUUUUCUCAUGAAUUCAUAUUCUCAGAAGGUGAACGAACGGUAAAGAUUGUUGGAAAUUUACGUGUCAGUGAAAGGAUAAUUGUCAUUGUGGUCUAUCUUAGCCACAUUGGGUUAUAUCAUGCGUUUGACAACUUCCCAAAUUUUCUGAAUUCUCGCGCUAUUGUCUUGAGUGGUUUAAACAUUUGUGGCCUGACUGUUACAGCUUUGCAUACACAAUAAUAUCGUGUUUUAUAUAAAGUGAACGUGCACAAAUCUUUUCAUUCCCAGUUCGCAAAAUGCAGCCAUUCUACGUGAGCAACUCUGUUGCGGACCCAGUUCUAAUACGUGCUAUUAUAGGUUCCAGCCUUCUCUAGAACGGUGUGGAGUUUUUCAUCUUCUGACUAGUGUUUUUCAGCACUUGGAGCAACCCUGCAGAAAGUUCAUCCUGCCAUCACUGAAACACGAGUUUGGCAUUAGAUUUUCAGCCUGAGUUUUCCUAAUGUGCAGAACACUCCACAUAUGGCAUUACAUACCAUUGAGAGGGCCUUUAUUCCACUUCCACAAAAUUCAACAAAGCCUUCAU